AAUGAAGCAAUUUCUUGGAUUCAACUUUAUUGUUCAAACAAUAACCAAAUCUGGUGGUCCAUUUACAGUUUUUACAUGCAUACAUGUAUCGUGAUUUGACCAUUAAUUAACAUUCACAUGAUUGUUCUCUAUAUAAAUCAUCCAUCACCCUUAUACUCUUUCUUGUUCCUAAGCAAAAGCAGAGUAAUAAACCCAAAGACAAUAAUAAAUAAUGGAAGCUAGAGUAAUUUCUUGCACUACUUUUGGAGACGACAAGGUCGUGAAGAUUGUUGUUCCAAAUCAUCAAGCAAUUACCAAAUACAAAGCCGGAGAAAACGAGACUACUGUUAUUGUUUCUGAUGAUACGUGCUCGGAGAAAGAUGUCAAAGAGAUUAAGAAGUGUUGUGAGAAGCUCGGUUACGUUUACGAAGGCAGACUUAACGAAGAGUACACUCAAACCAACACUGGACCCGGUUUGGUCUGAAAAUAUCAUAAUUUCAGUUAACUUUCUAUGUCUUACUCUUUAUGCAUUUGCUUUAUAUGUUCUUAGUUGUGCAUCUCUUGGUGAUUUGCUGCUAUGAAUGAAUUUCUGAGUUAUUACUUA